AUGUCCAGCUCAAGCAAGAAGGUCGCCAUCGUCACCGGCGGAGUGUCUGGCAUCGGUGCAGAGUUGACUCGCAAAUUGAUCAGCGAAGGAUGGAGAGUCGCUGCACUGGACAUUCCCUCGCAGAGCCACCUCGCUCAAAAGCUCUCAGACGAGCUUGGAGACAAGUUCAUGUUCUGCCAGGGUGACAUCAGCCGGUACCAGGAGCAAGCGAGUGCAUUCUCCACGGUGUUCCAGAAAUGGGGUCGUCUGGACGCGCUGUGUGCAAACGCUGGCAUCAUCGAUCGGAGCUCGAUUUACAUCCUCAAGUGGCGUGGCAAGACCGAAAUCCCUCCGGAGCCAGACCUGUCCUGUACGGACGUGUGCCUGAAGGCGACCAUCUACGGCGUGCAACUCGCCAUCCAUUUCAUGCGGCAGAAUCCCACCCCGGGCGGGAGCAUUGUCGCAACGUCUAGUAUGGUGGGGGUCCACCCGGUGGCAUCGUUUCCUGAGUAUUCUGGAGCCAAAGCUGGAGUCAAUGGAUUCGUGCGAGCCUGUGCGCCGUACCUGCAGUUCAAAGAAAACAUCACCAUCAACACCGUCUGUCCCGGCGUGGUGCCGACUCAAUUCAUCAGCCAACACAUGCGGGACACGUUUGGCGAAGACUCCCUGACACCGGCCUCGACCAUCGUCGGCGCGUACUGGAAAUGCCUGAGCGACCGAUCUCUGAAUGGGGAGUUUAUCGAAUGCUCUCGGGACCAGCAUUUCAUCUUGAAGAGGCCCGAGUACGCGGAUGGAGAAGUGAGCAAGCGAACCACGACCGUCUACGAUCCGUACUUUGUGACAAUCCAUGGCGAGCCGUCAGGACUUCCAGACAUUGUAAGGAAGAGGACUUAG